ACUCUUCAACCUCUCUGUAAAAUGGCGUCGCUUAGAGUUCUCGUCGGAUGCAAGCGUGUCAUAGAUUAUGCGGUUAAGGUACGUGUUCGUCCAGAUAAAUUGGGUGUUGUCACCGAUGGCGUGAAACACAGCAUGAACCCAUUUGAUGAAAUAGCCAUAGAAGAAGCAGUCAGGUUAAAAGAAAAGAAAAUAGCCAAAGAAAUUGUUGCUGUGAGUUGUGGUCCAGCAAAAUGUCAGGAAACAUUACGUACAGCAUUAGCCAUGGGUGCAGAUCGUGCAAUUCAUGUAGAAAUAGCCGAGAAAGAAUACGAAGGAAUUGGCCCUUUACAGGUGUCAAAAAUGUUAGCAAAAUUAGCAAAGGAUGAAGACGCCAACUUGUUUAUUGUUGGAAAGCAAGCAAUUGAUGAUGAUUGUAACCAGACGGGUCAGAUGUUAGCUUCCUAUCUAGAUUGGCCACAAGCAACAUUUGCAUCGGAGGUUGUUGUUGAAGAUGGUGAUCUCAAAGUGACAAGAGAGGUUGACGGUGGGCUUGAGACUGUUAAAGUCAAGAUGCCAUGCGUGAUCACAGCUGAUCUCAGGUUGAAUGAACCAAGAUAUGCAACAUUACCAAACAUCAUGAAAGCUAAAAAGAAGCCAAUGUUAAAGAAGAAACCAGCUGACUUGGGUGUUGAUAUGACACCACAUGUUGAGGUAUUGAAAGUUGACGACCCACCAACCAGAGAGGCUGGUGUUAAAGUAGAGAGUGCAGAAGAAUUAGUUAGUAAAUUGAAAGAUGUUGGUUGUAUAUAGACAUCAGUAAAGGAAUCAAAUUAGCAUUGGUAUACAUGGUGUCCAUAGAAUCUACCAUGGAUGCUUAUAGAAUCAGAUGGACAUUAUUAUUUCCAUAUUUAAAAUAUCAGGGGUAUAUGACAGUUUGUAACUGUUGCAUUUCUAGAUUUUAUCCAAGACAAAGAUUUGUACAAAACUUUCCGCUUUCUGUGUUUAUGGGUUGGCAUUAAAAGGAGAAAAUAGAAA